AGGGCGUUGGAGUUCAGAUGUGCGCUCCCGGGAUAGGCUGCCCCGGAGAGGGAGAGGCGGGGUCGGGUGUGUCACGUGGACCUGCUCCCGCCGCAGCUGCCGCCGCCGCCGUCGUCUUUCUCUGUCUCGGCUGAGGCAGCCAUCUUGCUGUUGCCGCGUGCUGGUGUUGGAGGACCCUCCCUGCUUCAGAUUUACCAACAGCAUGAAUCAAGAAAAGUUAGCCAAACUUCAGGCUCAGGUCCGGAUAGGGGGCAAGGUUUUCCUCACAAAUUCUUACCUGUUUUUCCAUGUUGGUGAAUAUGAAUGUGAGCUUUCUUAUUCCCUGUACUUUUUAAAGCCUAAGGAAGAGCUAGUUGUGAACAACAAAAGUCUUUGAUUCUCUUCAGCUGUGGCACCAGGCUCAAGGAGAAUAUUCUACCCAUGUCUCUGCCCAGUACAAUCUUUGCAAAAGGGAAAGAAAGAAUAGUACUUACCUCAGACCUGAAGUGGGUACAGCUCGCAGAAAGAAGAAGGUGGUACACAGAACAGCCACAGCUGAUGACAAAAAGCUUCAGAGUUCUCUAAAAAAACUGGCUGUGAAUAAUAUAGCUGGUAUUGAAGAGGUGAACAUGAUUAAAGAUGAUGGGACAGUUAUUCAUUUCAACAAUCCCAAAGUCCAAGCUUCCCUUUCUGCUAACACCUUUGCAAUUACUGGUCAUGCAGAAGCCAAACCAAUCACAGAAAUGCUUCCUGGAAUAUUAAGUCAGCUUGGUGCUGACAGUUUAACAAGCCUUAGGAAGUUAGCUGAACAGUUCCCACGGCAAGUCUUGGACAGUAAAGCACCAAAACCAGAAGACAUUGAUGAGGAGGAUGAUGAUGUUCCAGAUCUUGUAGAAAAUUUUGAUGAGGCAUCAAAGAAUGAAGCUAACUAAAAGUUUGGUUUUUGGAAGCUGGCAUGGACUAGAUUUAACAAAUCA